GGCUUUUCGUUGCAGCGUACAAAUCUCUAUUUAUCAAGAAAAGAACGAGUGGAAAAAGUUCGUACAUUCUCCAAUUUAGCUUAAUAUAUUCCGUACGUCGACGUUUAGCUCUCUUGGUCAAUUUCUGAUUCUAGGUCGUCGAUUCGAAUUUCAAAUUCACUCAAAUCGCCCAAAUUGUGAUGGUGAUUAGCCGGCGCUUCAAAUCGAUCUCAAUCUAGAGGGUACUGCUGGACUACUGGCUUUUGAGUUUAGCUAGGAGUUUGGAUUUUAGACAUCAACAUGGGAGUUUGCUUGGGAAGGCCUCAAACUGAUGAUGAUGAUUCUGAAAAGAAUGUCGAGUUUGCUGGUGGGAAUGUGCACCUCAUCGCCACCAAGGAAUCUUGGGAUCAAAAGAUGGCAGAAGCUAGUAGGGAUGGCAAGAUUGUAAUUGCUAACUUCAGUGCAACAUGGUGUGGUCCUUGUAAGAUGGUUGCACCGUUUUAUUGUGAAUUAUCUGAGAAAUACCCAUCUCUCAUGUUCUUAGUGGUUGAUGUCGAAGAACUAACUGAGUUCAGUGCUUCAUGGGAUAUCAAAGCCACUCCAACUUUCUUCUUUCUUAAAGAUGGACAGCAAGUUGACAAGCUUGUAGGAGCGAACAAGCCAGAGCUACAGAAGAAGAUAACUGCAAUUGUAGAUUCAACUACCGAAUGUCAGAAAUAGCCGUCGUGCUUCGGUGCUUGUUUCUAUCUAGUGAGAGGGAGCUUCAUGUUUUCUGCACAGUUUGUUUUGACUAAUCUGGGUGUUUCACUGUGUUCUUUGGUUUUUUUUUUUUGUUGGUGCUUUUUUCCCUGUUUAGUUGGUAUGUAAAUAGGACAAACGUGUGUACUUUUCAUUUUCUAGAUUAUUUUUGGGAUUGAAAUUCUUGGGGUCUGAACCUGGGAAUCAGUUUUCCUCUGGUUUCCAAAGAUUCUGAUCGAGAAAUAUAAUAAUUUCCUUCCGCAC